AUGAGUGAAGGUUCUCUAUUUGCUAAAUGGGCUAGAGUUUGGAUAGCUGGUGGUUCCAUUGUUUUGGGUGGUGUUUUGUUAUUCAAUUAUACUACACCUACAAGAGGACAAUUGAUUGCUAGUUUAUCACCUGAAUUAAAAGCACAAUAUGAAAGAGAAAAAAAAUUAAGAGAAGCUGAACAGGUGGAAUUAAUGAAGAUUGUACAAGAAACCAUGAAAAGUAAUGAUCCUAUUUGGAAAACGGGUAAAAUUCAAUCACCAUGGGAACAUAACCAAAUGUCAGAAACUUCUCAUGAUACCAAAAAUAAUAUAAGGGAAAUGGAUAAGAGAGAUCACUUUGAAAAAGUUAAAGCUGAUUUAAUACAAAGAGAAGAAUUGGAUCGUAUAUCCAAGGAGUUAGAACAAAUUAGACAAAAUAGUGAUGUGAGGACAAGGGAGAUUUUGGAUCAAAAAGAAAAGAACGAGGAAAAGAGUUGGUGGAGAAAACUUUGGUAG